UUGAGCAGAAAAACAUCUGGAGCGUAAACGUCGUGUCUCACUAUGCGAUCGCACCGUUUCACAGGAAAGCUAAGCGCUGUGCAUCAUGUAAGAGUGAACCCAUCAUAACCCCGACGACCUGGACGUUCUGUGUGCGGUGACACUUCCACGGCAGGCGGUGUGAGCGCAGGGCUCAGCCGAUGACCUCCCCCCCAACAGCAGCCUGCUCAAGAUGGCCGCCUGAGUGGAGGAAUUACCCGUCUCCAACACAACUAUCACAACAGUGCUUGCUCCACCGGCGACUCCAGCUGUCCGCCCCGAGGAUGAGACGUCGACACCGGCCACGUUUGUUCCCAUUUUGAAAAAGGAAGACGAGCUUUGCAGACGCCAUGGAGUAAGAAGCCGCUGGGAGUUGAAGGGGAGUAAGGGCCCUUUGUUUUAGCGCAGCAUGGACAGCUUCUUCAAGGCAGCCGUAUGCGAUCUAGACAAGCUGCUCGAUGACUUUGAGCUCAAUACUGAGGAACUUGAUUGCAAAUCCGUUUUCCUGAAGCCUUCUGCAUACCCCUUCUCCUCAUUGGGCUCUCAGUGUUUAUCCUUAGAGGCAUCCACUGUGUCACCAAGCCUCCCUGACCUUAAUUCUCUUCAUUAUGGUUCUGCCACCAGCUGUCCUGACCGCCCCAGCAGUCACAACUGCAGCACAGAUGACAGAGAGGUCAAAGGUCAGCCGCCCACUGGAGUGGACCUUCUCUCCUCUGUGGAUCGUAGGCCAGCUAUAAGCUCUGCCCCUCCCUGCCCUGAUCGAGCUCUGAAGCCAGUGUGUGACCUUGUGAAUGACACAAGCUCGGCCAUCCUGGUCAGGGCGAGCAGUCAUGAUGCUUUCAGUGAGCUGGACUUGGUGGAGAAGCAAAUGGAAGAGGAGGAAACCCUGCUUGUUGACUUUGACAGUCCAGUGGUCCUGGAGCAGCAGGGGGGGCUAUGCCAAAGUGUUGGCUGUGGAGUAACCAUGGAAGAGCGAGCCUCUGCAGGGAAAGAUGAAGUGCUCAGUCUUGAUUUCCAUGAGCAGAGUGGUGCAUGCUCUGCCUCACUCAGUCUGCUGGACGUCAUUCUUCCUGCAGCAGUGGAGAGGUGCUCUGAGUCUACAGAUGAUUCACCAUCAUCAAGGACCUCAGCUGACAGAGAGGGUAGAGACUGUGAGGAGGUGGCUUCUAUAAACCAAGUGGUGGAUAACUCUUCCGAACACUGUGAACCAGAGGACUCCCUGCCUGCUGUGAGCAUGAAAGAAACAUCAGCAGCAACCUUGGUGACUAAAGAGGAUGAUUCACAAGAAGCCUCAGAUAGAGGUGAGGCAGAGUCUCCUGCAAGUCUAAAGUCUGGGUCAUCAGACAGUGAACAGGUGGGCUUAUCGUGCCUGCCUUUAGCUGUGUCCAUAUGUGGAGCUCUGGUGCGACCGAAGACCACAGAAGAGUCAGGACAAGCGACAGAGCAGUGUGACAAGGCAGAUGUGUGUGAAAGCCCAGAGACAGACUCCCUGUCAGCACUGGAGACCAAGGAAGAUAGGUCCUUUUCAAACAAAUCUGUUUAUGGGUCCCAGCAGAUCACAGAGGGCAGGCUGUCACCAGAGGGGCACCAUGUCUCCCUUGAACCUGUUGUUGUUCCCCUUCCUGCAGACCAUACUUGCUCUGAUCGUUCAGAACCCAGUCCAGUGGAUCCUGCUGAGUUUGGCUUCGAGUAUUUGCCUGAGAGUGACCAGGCUGAGAUGUUGGUUACUGACGAAGAGUUGGAUGCAUUCCUUCAGGCACACACGGAAGCAGAGCAGGCCAGAAGUGUCUCUUGUUGCAGCAGCUCUGGAGAUUGUCCGCAACCUGAAAGUCUGUCGGAACCAAAUGGGGAUCUAGAGGGCAGGCUUCUGGAAGAGGAACUGAGAAGCUGUGGUCGAGCUCGACAGGAGGAGCUAGAGGUUCUGGCUUCCCCAGAAAGUGACAGAAUAAUGUGUGUGUCUGUGGAGGGAAGUUUUAACCCUGGUGCUCCAUCACAAUCACUGGACUCUUGCAGACCUUGUCAAGAAGAGCCAGAACUUUCCUCUGGUACAAGAAAUUCUUUGACCAGCAACACUUUCCAGUCACAGCACAGUAGUAGCCCUGAUCAGCAUCCCUCCUAUGGAGGUGCAAGACCUAAACAGCUACACUGCCAAACUGUUAGACCUCCACCAGCAGGGGAAGAAGAAGAAGAUGAAGAAGGGAAGCAACCUUUGACUUUUUCAAAAUGGACAAAUGCAGUUGAGGAUGAAGAGAGUUCACCCAUAAACCCUAGUCUUACAGAAGAGCAUUCCAACAUAAGUGCUACGAGUCCUAUAUAUGCCACCCAGCAGCAUCAGGAUUACAGUGUGGGGUAUGAUGAACUGUCAGAGCCUCCACCUUACCCAGGGGAGCCACCCACAGAUGGUGCCAGGGCAGUGAAUUGGAAGAGAGAGGGAGAGGAUGAGCUGGGGAGCAGGCAGCCUGCUUGGGUGCCAGACUCCGAAGCCCCAAACUGUAUGAACUGCUACCAGAGAUUCACGUUUACCAAGAGGAGACAUCACUGUCGAGCAUGUGGGAAGGUUUACUGUGCUGUGUGCUGCAACAGGAAGUGUAAGCUGAAGUACCUGGAGAAAGAGGCUCGUGUGUGCGUCAUCUGCUUUGAUAACAUACACAGAGCCCAGGCCCUGGAGCGGAUGAUGAGUCCUACAGGUCCCAGUCCAAACCCCAAUGUCCCAUCUGAGUACUGCAGCACCAUACCUCCUUUGCAGCAGGCUCGUGCCGCCGGCACUCUAAACUCACCUCCCCCCACCGUCAUGGUGCCUGUGUCCGUUCUCAAACACCCUAACAACGACAGUUGUCCUCGUGAGCAGAAACGUGUGUGGUUUGCUGAUGGUAUCUUACCCAACGGAGAGGUGGCAGACACAACCAAGUUGUCGGUGACGAGCCGCAGGAGCUCCCAGGAGUUUGCUGGUGUCACCCCAGACCAAACAGCACCUGGGCCAGCCGGCUCAGAGGUUGGAGUCAGUGGCUCCUCCUCCCCGGAAACCUCUGGAGCUGUAGAGGUGGUUAGACCUCCGGUGUCAGGACCCUGGGAUUAUGCCCUGCUUUCUGCAAUCAGUUCUUCAGUUCAGAGAGUCCCCAGUUUGCUGCCAGACAAUGAAGACGAGCUCCCUCCUCUGCUCUUCACCACUGGCGAGGAUGACGGAGGAGAUGUUUUGGUUGAGGAAAGUCCCGCCCCAUGCCAGAUUCUGCACUUAUUGGAGGAAGGAGGACCCAGACCUCUGACAUUUGUCCUGAACGCCAACCUGCUUGUCAAUGUGAAACUGGUUACAUAUUCCAGUCAUCAGUGCUGGUGUUUUGGUUCUAAUGGUCUGCAGUCUCUGGGACAGAAAGAGUUGGUGUUUUUGCUGGAGUGUUUGCCCGAGGAAAAAACUCUUCCAAAGGACCUCUUCACACUUUAUCUCACCAUUUACCAAGACGCCCAAAAAGGGAAGUUUGUGGAGGAGCUGGAUAAUGUGACGUUCACAAGCAGUUUCCUGGGCAGUAAAGAUCACGCUGGGAUGCUCUUCUUCUCUCCCUCGUGUCAGCCUCUAGAUGGCCUCACUCUCCCCUCUCAGCCAUUCCUGUUUGGCCUGCUUAUCCAGAAAUUGGAGGUGCCCUGGGCCAAAGUCUUUCCACUCAGGCUUCUCCUGCGGCUUGGAUCUAAAUACAGCGUGUAUCCCACGACAUUGACUAGUGUUCGUUUUCGGGACUCUGUGUAUCGAGAGACAGGACACACCAUUAUGAAUUUACUGGCUGACCUGAGAAACUACCAGUACAGUCUAUCAGUGGUGGAUGGCCUGAGGAUCCACAUGGAGAUGGGCCACAGUUACAUCAACAUUCCCAAAAGUAGCUUCAAUGAGGUGCAGAAGGUGAUAAAUGCAUCUAAUGAGCACGUCAUCAGCAUUGGAGCAUGUUUCAGCUCAGAGGCCGACUCUCACCUGGUGUGUAUUCAGAACGAGGAGGGGAACUAUCAGACCCAGGCUAACAGCAUGCCGGGGAAGACCCGCACAGUGACUGGCGCCAGCUUUGUGGUUUUCAAUGGAGCGCUGAAAGCCUCAUCAGGCUUCAUCGCAAAGUCCAGCAUUGUUGAAGAUGGGUUGAUGGUUCAAAUCCCUCCAGAGACAAUGGAGUCUCUGCGCUCUGCCCUGAGGGAGCAGACAGACUUUCACAUACCCUGUGGCAGGAAUGAUGGAGGGGAAGUCCGAGAGAACGUCACUGUCCGCUGGGUUGACUGGAGUUCACCUGUCAACACAGGUAAAACUAGUGGUGUUGAUGAGAGACCUCUGGAUGGAGUCCGCAGUGUGAGGAUGCAGCAGGACACAGAGUUCGAGUCAGAUGGUCGCACCCUCAAAUGCACUGAGGUGUUCUACCAGCUGAAGAGUCCUGACUGCAGCCUUUCGUCAGUGCUGGCGUCCUGCAGCGUGUUUCAGAAGGAGAUGGCUUUAGCCGCCUGCAGCGCUCUGACUCCUCACCUUGCUGUUCUCACCUCCAGUGGCAUCAACUCCAUCUCUCUCCGCAUCUCCACGCAGGCUGAUAUGGUGGAGUACCAGGCUGGCUCUGGAGGCAGGCUCCUCCCUCAGCGCUACAUGAACGAGCUGGACAGCGCUCUGAUCCCUGUCAUCCACGGAGGUAGCGCUAGUGUACCACAGACUGCCAUGGACAUGGAGUUCAUCUUCUUCAUCACACACACAAUCUAAGGCACACGCAGACAGUGUCCCACACUAAGUAUCAAAUAAAUCCACCGAACAGAAGAUGGUUGAGUAAAGAAAGAGAAGCUGUUGACUGCAACACAACGUGCUAAUGCAACAGCUAACUGCGACUUGCAGCCAAUCACAGAGGACAUGAAGCCGCUGGCACAACAUUCCCGCUCUGAGGUUGGGAAUGUGUUUUGGAGGGAUGUAAACUGUAUAUUUGUGAAUUUCGUGCUCACCGAAGCUGCUUUAAUUCAAGAAGCCAAACACUAAACAAGAGAUGCGACAACACGACCAAAUACAACCAAACAAUUCCAACUGCUUUCCUCGGAUCUGCCUUUCAGGCUCCCCGCUGGCCUCCGUCAGCUCGGAGCACCUCAGUGAAUGUUUCCCACAGACACUCUAUCGAAAUGUCUCAUUUAUUAUUUUUUAAUAUGGGCAUAUUGAAUGAAAUGGUGAUAUUAAAGUGAGGGAUGUUACUGACUGCAGUAUUCACUACUCCAUGUGAUCAGGUGCUACUCUAUAGCCACUUCACAUUUGUAGCUGUAGCCGUUCUAAAAUAAGAAAGUGCUGCACAGGGAUGAAAAGAAAUGCAACCUCAUGUCCUCUGAAACUACUGUCAUUUCAUAUGCUGGUUUAUAAUGAUAUUGCACAGAGCUUUUUAUGUUCUUUUCCAAACUUCUGACUUUUUACCUUGAGGUGUCUCACGUGCCAGCUCAACAUGAAAUUCGACCCACAAAGUCCAGAUUAAGUAGGAAAUCAAUCAGUUUGAAGGGUUAUUAGAUAUCAAAUCUCCAAAUUGAACUUUCUUGUGGAACGACCCUGUUUGUUUGUUUGUUUGUUUGUUUUUGCCGUAGCCUUCCUUUUUGGGUAGUGCUGUGGGCAAGUUUCUUUAACAAACAUGUCACCCAAAAAUCAAAAUAGAAAUAUUUCAUACUUUUAAGUUGUGUUGUCAGAAAUGAGCAUAACAAACACAGCAGCAUCAGCAGCCAUAUUUACAGGGGAACGAGAACAAUAAGAAAAUAUAUCGAUACAGGCAUGAAGUUUAUUUUGGUGGAUAUCAGUAACUUACUCCAAAUUAUAUAUAAAGGCGUCUUAAUUCUUAAGACAAACUGUAUUUCAAUUGUAUUUGUAUAGCGCCAAAUCAUAAUAUACAUUAUCUCAAGGCACUUUACAAAGUAUGGUCGAAGACCUUUGAAAAUUACCCAACAGUUCCCUCAAUGAGCAAGCACUUUGGAGACUGUGGAGAGAAAAACUCUUCAUUAACUGGAAGAAACCUCCAGGCACUAUCUGGGCAGCCAUCUGCCUCCACCAGAAAGGGUGAGCAGAAAUAUGGGCAAGAGAGGAGAGGUGGGUGGAAAAAAGGGGAGAGGAGAGAUAGACCAGGAACAGUUGUGUAACCAUCAUGUCAUCAGCUCUGACAGACUAGUUGUUAUGAAAACAAUAAGUGAUAGUUAUAGAUGUAAAGAUGUUAUUAAUGAUAGCAGCAAUAAAGUUAGUGACGUAGUAAAAACGAAUGGUGGGGGUAGCGAGACAGAGAGAGGGAGAGAGAAGUACUCAGUGCAUGAUGGGAGUUCCCCCAGAAGUCUAGAUCUAUAGCAGCAUAACUAAGGGAUGGUUCGGGACUCACCUGAUCCAGAACUAACUAUAGGCUUUAUCAGAAAGGAACGUUUUUAGUUUAACCUUCAAUGUAGAGAUGGUGUCUGCCUCCUGAAGCCAGAGUGGGAGCUGGUUCCUCAGGAGAGGAGCCUGGUAGCUGAAGGCUCUACCUCCUGUUCUAAUCUUGCAGACUCUAGAAGGCACAAGUCAGCCUGUGUUUUGGGAGCAAAGUACAUGUAACUAAGAUAAUUUCACACAUUUAAUGCCGUUCAUUCUGUCAAAUCACCAGUUUAUGACAUGAGGGCCCUGCUGGAGUCUACCACCACCCACUCACCACAAGAGGGUGAAUGUGUCCAGGCCACCUGCAGGGGAACUCGGCCGUUAAGAGCUUCCACAGCAUCCACAAAUGACUUUGCUUAAAACUUGAAUGUGACUGGUUUAUGCUGGAGUUUCGGCCAUUAAGAGAAUUGAAUGACACAAGUCUCCAUCCUGUCCUGGAUGAAACCUUUUUAAACUAAAGCCUACAUUUUUAUCGUUAUUUAGGAGGCUGCUGUUUUACUUUGACUGUCUUAACAUUUGAACUUAAGCUGAUGGUUUAUGAGCAGCAGCGUCGCCUUUCAUCACUCACCACUAUUUAGCAGUUCAAGGUCAAAUUCCAAUGAUUUUCUUUACUUCAGGAGAUCUCCUCUUCCUCUGUGAUCUUAACUUCACGUUUUAUGGCUCUUAUUUUGCAAAUCAUCUCAAACCUUUCUUCAAAUCUAGAGUUUAGAAAUAGCUUCGGUAAAUAUUGCUUUAUCCCUUUCAGUAGCUAAAUGUAAAGACAGAGGCUGCUGCUAUGGCCAAGAGGCAGGUUUGGUCAAGCUCAAGACAAUGACUGGAAUGGCACUGGAGACUGGAAACAAGCCUGGUUCUGUCUAAAGGCAAAACAAUCUAUCUACGUCAAUUUGUUCACAUCAUCAGAUGGUUGUGGUUUUAACAUCUUGGUUUUAUAGUAACGAAACUAAACCAUGUUAUUAAUUAUUGCAUUACCUUUGGAGCCAGGCUAGCAGUUUCCCUUAUUUUCCAAUCUUCCAAUCUGCAGAGCUGAGCUAACCAUCACAGCUUCAUAUUUAUGUCACAAAAGUAAGAGUGUUGUUGACUCGUCAUAGGUGCUCUGAACUCAGCAGUGGUCUUCUCAGGUGCUGAUUGGAGCAGGAACUUUCUAUUCACAAAGUAUUUCACCGAGCAGUGAAAAGCGUUGCAUUGGUUUUGUAUUUUAGAUGAAUUCAGUGCAUCUCCAGAGCAGCUUCGAGCCACUUUAGAUCCAUUAGAACAGGAGAUGGCGCUGAGGUUUGUCAGUGACUGGGUGUCGCAGUAUUGGUUGUGAGCAGGUUUUGAAGCGGGUACUCCUUUCUUCACCAGCUUCUCAUCUCUCCCUCAUUAUGUAAAGCUUGCUCAGAACUGCCAAUGUCCUCAAACAAGUGCUGUGGUUACAGGAAGGUAGAGUGGUUAAUGAAUACCCUUAAAAACGUCAGAAAAUAAGAGGGCAGAGAACGUUACAUCUCUGUUAAAACAAACACAACCCGAUUAGUUUGAAGAAGCUUUGUCCACAUUACCCCAAGUGAGGCUCUCCAGUUUCAUACGUCGUCUUACUUUUCAGUCAGGAACUUCACAGUCAGCUUUGUCCCAACACAUACAUAUGUAUAACAUAUACUGUAUGCAUAAAGAUUGUAUCGUUUUGUUUUGUUUUUUAAUAUUGAAGAGUUAUUUUUGGAAUCAUUGGUAUAAAAGUUUUAAAAAAGACUAGAAGAAUAUUUUUGAUAGGAUGUAGGCCAAAUUAAUUUUGCAGUUUGUGUAGCAAUGAGAGAAAAAAAAGACACCCUGGAAUAUUAAACAAAUAAAAUAUAUUGUUUUGGCUUAAGAUGGAAAAUAUAAAUUCCCAAAAUGCAAUGCAGAAAGCUUGAGUUUGAGACGAAUGUGGAGGUAAAGAUGUCUACCAAACAAAGGUGGCUUUGAUCUGUUCUACAAGUCUUUUAUUUUUUACAUAAGGUAGCCAACACAUACAUGCUCAUUAACGCAUUAUUCAGUAUGUUCCUUACGUGACACAGGUGAAUGUGACAUGUAUCCCAGGAGGAGUCGUCUUUCUGAUUCGUAAACUUCCACGUUAACUUGUUAAUAGGCUUAUUUAAUUACUUGAGUUGACAGGCAGUUGAGUCCCUCUGGUCAGCAGGGACGUCUGUCGUUAUCAGUAUGUUUGGACAGAGCAGGUAAAAGUUCAACGCAGAUAUUCUUUUAAUCCUCACAUGAAGACUCUUGUUUGAUUUUGCCCGGUUUGUGACUGACUUUUAAUUGAAUCUGGGUAAACAUGUUGAGCUGAAUGAGUUAAAUGCCAACUCAAUCACCCGCAACCACACAAGAUAUCAACAUACUAAAAGGCCAAAACGUCAUCACCAUUAUUGUUGGUUGAAGUUUGUUGGUUGUUUUACCUCUUUUGUCCAGACGGAAACAUCUGACUGAGUAUUGGAUAGACUGAAAGUGGAUCACAUCACAGUUUUAACUAAUAUUUGAACACGUUAGAAUUUCUCCAUGUGGCAAGGGUGGGUUAAUGCUUAAUAAAAAGUUUAAUUUGGGGGAAACUUAACAUGUUUCACUUUCUGUGCAAAUGAGCUGAAGACUGAGAGGACAGUUUGUGGACAGCUGAUUUAUCUCGACAAACCACUUUGUAUUCAUCAGUUGAACUUUGGAGCAUUGGAAACAGGAUGAUUCAUUUUAGAAAAUCCUUCUCGAGGUUUGAUUAUUUUUUUUUUCUCCUUUAUUAUUCUAAGGUUUGAUUUUCUUUUUUUCUCUCCUUUAAUAGUCUAAGGUUUGAUUUUCUUUUUUCUCUCCUUUCAUAUUCACGAUCAGGUCACUUAUAUUCUGGAAGGUAAAUUAUUAUUAUUUCUUACUCUGAAAAUUAAACAAUUCUCCACUUUGUCAAAAUAAGAAGUACUUUUAUGCUUUAUGAUUGUUUCUAAAGUGUUGUAAUGUGUAAAUCAUCUAUUUAUUCAUAAGCACCAGCUUUAUUUUUGGUGAACCUGGUAUCUGGGUCCUAAUCAGUUUCUGAAGAGC